GGAACUUCCCCCAAGGAUUCUCAGGGGCGGUCCUGGAGGCAGAAGUAGACGCCUGGCAGCGCCCAGCUUCCCGCAGCAAAUUCACUCCACGGGUGAAUGAGAGGCACACCAAGGCUAAGAACCUCGCAGCCUCCUUCUCGCGCUGCCCGUCCGUAGGGCGGGACUGACCCUCCCUGACCCUGGCCGGGAGGUGGUUGGAGGGGUUCUUGCGCGCUGCCGCACCGCGUGUCUUCCAAGCACGUCGCAAGAGGCAGGCGCCUGCCAUCCCAGAAGGCCACCUACGCUGCCUGGGAGCCCGGCCAAGCGGCCCCAGGACUGGGGCGGAACCCAGGCUAGACUCCGGAGCAGCCAGGACCUUCCCGACCGUCCCACCUGCAGCGCGCCCUCAGGGCCGGCACGCGGCGCCGUGGGAGCACCGCGCAGGCCCUCCGGCACAGGUGCGCAGGCGCGCAGCCCGCUUCGCAGCUCCUCUUCCGUGGCCGCUAGUUAGGGGAGCGCCUUUGACUUUGUGAGGCCCACGACGGCAGCGCCGGCGCCAGCUCCAGGUCUUGUAGGGCACGAUGUCUGAACAAGAGCGUAUACAGGAAUGCCUGAGGAAGGAAAUAAGGUCACUUCUCAUUUCCACCAAAGAUGGUUUGACCCCACAGCAGUUGGAAAAGGAGUACCUUUUGAUGGUUGGCAACCAUUUACCACUCCGAAUCCUUGGGUAUCGGUCCACCAUGGAGCUGGUGUUGGAUAUGCCUGAUGUUGUCAGUGUCUGCCCCUGUGGGGACGGUACUGUAAUACUGAAAGCCAUUCCAGAUGAAUCCACCAAAGGAAUAGCAAGUUUAGUUGCAAAACAGAGGGGCAACCAUAAGGUUCGAAACUCCGUGCGGAGGGGAAGGGCCAGUGUUUGCUCUGGGCCCAGCUCUCAACGGCAAGUACCUUACCGAGGAAGGGUGCCCCCUAUUCUUCCAGCUGUCGUGAAGAGUGAGUUGAAAGACCUCUUGGCGUUAUCUCCUGUUCUCCUUUCUGAUUUUGAAAACGCAUUUGCCAAGCGAUUUGGACGAUCAUUCCAGUAUGUGCAGUAUGGCUUCUUCUCUAUGUUUGAAGUGCUGAAUGCCGCUGCAGAUGUCAUUUCUGUAGAACAGACCAGAGCAGGUUCUUUGUUGAGGCUGAAGAAGAGCCUAUCCGAGGAAAAGCAGAGAGGAUGGCCAGCAGGUAAAAUUUUUACCCAGCCUUUUAGAAGGAAGCAACAAGGGUCAUAUCCCACAGUCUCCCCAGUAGCAAUGGCACGCUUUUCACAACCCACUUCAAACAGGGAACCACCGAAGCAAAUACUGGACGUGGAGAAUAUUUCUAGGUCAAAUGUGGUGGAGACGUCAAGGCUGAAUCACACUGAAAAAUUAAACCAGUUGGAGAAUACCUUCAAAUCAGUUAUUGCACAAACUGGACCUGGAGGGACUAUCAAUCCAGAGCUAAAACAUAAGAUAAAAUUUGUUGUAUCCAGAUUUCCAGAGGGUUUACUUAUUUCUAAACUUCUUGGAGAGUUUGAGGUAAUUUUUAAAGAGCAACUUUCACCCAAAAAACUGGGCUUCUUAAAUGCGACCGAGCUUGUUGGAGCUCUUAGUGACAUUCUCCAUGUUGAGUUCAGGGAAGGAGAACAAGACUUGCUGGUGUUUGAUGCUGAUAUGAAGCCUCUACCACCUGAUGGAGCUGUGUCAUCAGUCAGAAAUUCAUGUUUAGUUCAAUCAGAUAAGAAAAUAGAAGCCAAAGCUUGUGUGUCCAGUCCUCCUAGAAAUUCACUGUCUACUACUGUUAUCAAGGAGACUACACGGGAUUACCCUUCAAAAAACCACAAAGAGCCAGAACAGAAGAUUUGCAAGAAGCCUAAUCUGGUGGUAAAGCCUUUACAGCUGCAAGUAGAAAUUAAAUCACAGCUCAACUUGGCAAUGGCAAGUCAUGAUAUCCCACCUGAUGCUGUACGGGACAAGAAAUUAUGCAAACUACCCCCAUUAGGUACCAGUACCCUCGUGGGGGUCUUUGUGGAGUAUAUCAUCUCUCCUAGUCAAUUCUACAUCCGAAUCUAUAGCAGGGAUUCAUCAGAGUUACUUGAAGACAUGAUGAUUGAAAUGCGGCGCUGUUAUUCUAAUCAGCUGGUUUCUGAUCGAUAUGCCAUGCCAGAGUAUUUUAUCCAACCGGGACAUCUCUGUUGUGUAAGGAUUUCUGAGGAUAAGUGGUGGUAUCGGGUCAUUAUCCAUCGAAUUCUUGGGAAACAGGAAGUUGAAGUGUUCUAUCCAGACUUCGGAAAUAUUGGAACUGUUCAGAAGUCCUCCCUGAGGUUCCUCAAGUGCUGCUACACCAGGCUUCCAGCUCAGGCUAUCCCCUGUUCUUUGGCUUGGGUGAGACCAGUAGAGGAACAUUGGACAUCCAGAGCUAUUUUGCAGUUCCAGAAGUUGUGUGGUUUGAAGCCAUUAGUGGGGGUAGUGGAUGAAUAUGUAGAUGGAAUCCUUAACAUUUUUCUGUGUGAUACAUCCUCACAUGAAGACAUCUAUUUCCAUCAUGUCUUGAGAACAGAGGGCCAUGCUAUCGUAUGCCGAGAAAAUGUCCCUUCUAAGGGUUUCAGAGACCUCAACCCUUUAACUUUAUACACUAAGUCCAGUGCAGGGCCAGAGGACAUUGUCCUGACAGAACUGGGUUAUCCUUCCCAGCAACACUAUUUUAAUGAAGAUCGAGAGAUAAGUCCACAAUCAAAAGAGAGAGAAUUAUAUACCCUGCGAGAUAUUAAUGAUGAAAAGGCUUUCAGUCACCUUAAGUCAGUCACCUCAAAGGAGCUGUUAAAGGAUUCUGAAUUCAGUUCUUUGAAAACCCAAGAGAAGAGCUGUGAAGACGAUCCAAAGUGUUCCUUCUCCGAGCUAAAAGAUCUGAAGGAAGAAGAUGAGGAUGAGAUUCCCACUGGAAUGCCAUGCCUGGAGUCAGUAACCAUAGGUGAUGAUAUAUGGGAUGAGAACUGGUUACCUUUGCAGGCUGGAAUGGGAGAAGGAAGUGAUGCUGCCUCCCACUUAUCUACCUCAAGCCUUGGUGGAAAGAAACCAUAUUCAUCAUGUAAAGAAAUGCCACAGAAGGAUUGGUGUUUUUCUACACCCAAAGAUAUAUGGGAUGAUUCAUGGCAGCCUUCAGGUCUUGUGAGUGAAAAGAAAGUAGAAGUUCAAAACCUAGAAGGACUGGGUGCUCAAGAAAAAAAUACUGGCACAACCAGAAUUCAAAAGCAACCAGACUUAAAGAGUUCCUCAGAUUCUCCCGCGUUGCCCGAAUUGGAGGAGCUCUACAUCUCUCUUAUCCAGUCGCAGCAGUCAGCAGAAGGUGGCCAAUUUGAGCCUAGCAGCAUUGAGACUCGGCCAGAGCAAAUUCAGCUGUCCACAGCAGCGCUCAACUCAACUCCUGCAGUGGUCGCUUCCCCACAAAAACACUCUGGUUCAGAUACAAAACCUUUGUCAGAUACAUCUGUUGCAAAUAUUUCAGUGGAAAGCUCUCCAGAGAGCCUAGAGAAUGAAGAUUUUUCUAGUAGCCAUGCUAUUACAGUGUUCAAAGAUAAGAGUCAGGGAGCCAUGGACCAGCUGUCUUUGAUUUUGUCUCCUGAGCACCAGAUUUCUCAGAAGCUCUACAUUCCUCGAAGCACAGCCACUGCUGCCUUAGGAGCUGCUGCGCGGCUAGCCACAUCCAGGAGCCUCCUGCACUGGUACCCCAGUGUGAAAAGGAUGGAAGCAUGAGAGAGCAGGGAGGAUAAAAUAAACUAGAUGCUUAGGGCAUGGUGACCUCCCAGGCCAAAAGAAGAAGGAGGUAUUGAGACAAAGUAGUAUUUUGAUGGUUGAUGCUUAUGUCUUUCUGUGUGACUCUUCGUUAGCUUUGUUAUGCUAACAGUCCGCUUUGUUGUGUAAGUAUUGAUGUUUAAUGUUAAUUUUCAUUUU